AUGGCCAUGACCCUGGGCAAAGACGUUUCUGCACUCUUCCCCGAUGUCCUCAAAAACAUUGCGACCUCUGACCUCGACCAGAAGAAACUGGUGUACUUGUACCUCAUGAACUACGCAAAAUCUCACCCUGACCUCUGCAUUCUCGCCGUCAACACCUUUGUGCAAGAUUCCGAAGACCCCAAUCCCCUCAUCCGCGCCCUUGCAAUCCGAACAAUGGGGUGCAUAAGAGUUGACAAAAUGAUUGACUAUAUGGAAGAACCUCUGCGAAAGACACUCCGAGAUGAAUCGCCCUAUGUUCGAAAGACUGCUGCAAUCUGCGUCGCAAAACUGUUCGAUCUCAACCCUUCCAUGUGUCUUGAAAACGGCUUCCUGGAAACGCUCCAGGAGAUGAUUGGUGAUCCGAACCCAAUGGUGGUGGCAAACUCCGUCCAAGCCCUCGCAGAAAUAAACGAAUCAGCACCCGAGACGAACGCCCUCCAGAUCUCACCCAACACGUUGAAGAAGCUCCUCAUGGCCCUGAAUGAAUGUACGGAGUGGGGUCGUGUCACCAUCCUGAGUACACUGGCAGAGUACAAGGCGCAGGAUGUCAAAGAAGCAGAACACAUCUGCGAAAGAGUGGCACCCCAAUUUCAGCAUGUUAACUCGAGCGUGGUUGUCGCUGCGGUCAAGGCUGUUUUCCUGCAUAUGAAAUACCUUCCGUCAGAAACGCAAAAGUCGUACUUGAAGAAGAUGGCACCUCCGCUGGUCACACUGGUGUCUUCGGCGCCGGAAGUACAGUAUGUUGCCCUUCGGAACAUUGACCUUCUCCUGCAGAAGCAACCCGAUAUCCUUAGCAAGGAAAUACGAGUCUUCUUCUGCAAAUACAAUGAUCCGCCUUAUGUCAAGUUCCAGAAGCUUGAAAUAAUGGUGCGGAUAGCAAGCGAGGCGAAUGUUGAUCAAUUGCUGGCCGAACUCAAAGAAUAUGCCUUGGAAGUGGACAUGGAUUUUGUGCGACGAGCAGUCAAGGCCAUUGGGCAAGUUGCUAUCAAGAUUGAAAGUGCCAGCGAACGUUGCGUAAAUGCGCUACUGGACCUGAUUAACACAAAGGUCAACUACGUGGUACAAGAGGUGAUUGUCGUGAUCAAGGAUAUUUUCCGGAAAUACCCAGGCUAUGAAGGCAUCAUCCCUACGUUAUGCAAAUGUAUCGAUGAGCUGGAUGAACCAAAUGCGCGGGGGUCCCUGAUUUGGAUCGUGGGCGAGUAUGCAGAAAAAAUCAGCAACGCCGGCGACAUACUCGGUGGGUUUGUGGAUGGCUUCGCCGAAGAGUUUACACAGACCCAGCUUCAGAUCCUCACCGCCGUGGUUAAGUUGUUCUUGAAGCGACCGCAAGCUGCCCAAGGUCUGGUCCAGAAGGUUCUCAAUGCUGCAACGGCCGAAAGCGACAACCCUGACAUUCGCGACCGAGCAUAUGUGUACUGGCGACUUCUCUCCAACACCAGCGACCAAAACGCCCCUAAGAACAUCAUCCUUUCUGAAAAGCCACCCAUAACCACCACGAUUCAAUCACUGCCACCUGCACUCCUCGAAAGGUUGCUUGGCGAGCUUUCGACGCUAGCUUCGGUAUAUCACAAGCCGCCAGAGCAGUUUGUCGGCCAAGGUCGCUUUGGAGCCGAUGCGGUACAACAAGCUGCAAUCGAGGAACAAAUGCAGAAUGCACGCGAAAACCCGUUGGCCGCAGCCGCAGCGGCUGCCGCUGUUCAAGGCAAGGCUCCUGAAGCACAAAAUAACAUCGAAAACUUACUCGACAUCGAUUUCGAUGGUGCGGCACCUGCGUCGGCGUCUGAGAAACCCUCGGACGGUCUCUCUGGGCUGGAGGGGCUUGCAGGAACUCCACAAAGAGUGGCUUCACCGACGGUCGGGCAACCUGCUGCUCCCAACAACAUGGACGAUCUACUUGGAGUGUUCGGCAACGGAGGGUCUUCGACUGUUCCGUCGUCUACAUCUGCUUUUGGGGGCAUGUCUGACAGUGACAUCUUGAAUGGCUUUGCCUCGAUGGACCUUUCGCAGCCACCGCCUCCUAAACAGCAACUUGACAAUGUCGGUGGCAAGAAGACAAGCGAAGACUUACUAUCCCUGUUCUAG